AUGAGUUUGUUGAGUGUGUGCAACGGGAGGAGGUUACAACACUCUCUCUACACUUUUGCUCUCUCUCUCUACCCUUUUGUUUUUCCUCUCUAUCCUUUUGUUCUCUCUCUCUGUAUCUCUCUCUCUCUCUCUCUCUCUCUCUCUCUAUAUAACACAUCUAUCUAUCUAUCUAUCUAUCUAUCUAUCUAUCUAUCUUAUAAUUCUUUCUCCUUUUUCUAUCUAUCUAUCUAUCUAUCGUAUUACAUUCUGUUUAUUUCUAUCUAUAGUAGUUCUUUCUCCUUUUUCUAUCUAUCUAUCUAUCUAUCUAUCUAUCUAUCUAUCUAUCUAUCUAUCUUAGUCUGUUCAUUUCUAUCUAUCUAUCGUAUUACUUUCUGUUUAUUUCUAUCUAUAGUAAUUCUUUCUCCUUUUUCUAUCUAUCUAUCUAUCUAUCUAUCUAUCUAUCGUAUUACAUUCUGUUUAUUUCUAUCUAUAGUAGUUCUUUCUCCUUUUUCUAUCUAUCUAUCUAUCUAUCUAUCUAUCUAUCUUAGUCUGUUCAUUUCUAUCUAUCGUAUUACUUUCUGUUUAUUUCUAUCUAUAGUAAUUCUUUCUCCUUUUUCUAUCUAUCUAUCUAUCUAUCUAUCUAUCUAUCGUAUUACAUUCUGUUUAUUUCUAUCUAUAGUAGUUCUUUCUCCUUUUUCUAUCUAUCUAUCUAUCUAUCUUAGUUUGUUCAUUUCUUUCUAUCUAUCUAUCUAUCUAUCCAUGUAUUAUAGUUAUUUCUUCUAUUUCUUACUAUCUGUAGAUUAUAGAUCUAUCAUACUUUUCGAUCUAUCUAUCUAUCUAUAG